AUGCUCAGCAAUCGUCUAUUAAUCUCCGCCGCUGCGACUCUCGCCUGCUUGGCCAAGGUCAUCAAUGCGGACCAUCACCUCAUCGUCGGCGCAGCCGUACCCUCGGCCAACGAUAUCCCUCUGCGACUCAACGUCAAUGACCUGCAGGCUGCUGCAGGUCCGCAAUGGGACCUAUACAUUCAGGCUCUCCUAGCCAUGCAGAAUAUGGAUUAUGAUGAUGAACUCUCGUUCUUCCAAACCGCCGGUAUUCACGGCAAGCCAUUUAUCGAGUGGGACAACUCUGGCCCCAGACAAGGAUGGGAAUGGCUUGGCUACUGCCCACACGGUGAGCCUCUGUUCUUGCCAUGGCACCGCCCUUAUGUGCUGCUCUUCGAGGAGCAGCUGGUUCGGCACGCCUGCAAGAUCGCGGCCAAGUACCCUGACAGCGUCCGUGACCGAUACGUUGCCGCCGCCAAGUGCCUGCGCUCGCCAUACUGGGACUGGGCCGCCGACAAUGCCGUUCCCCCGGCCUCGGUUCCGGCCACCCUGACAAUCAACGUCGCCGGCGGUAGCGGCGUCCGGAAUAAGUCCGUCACCAAUCCUCUGCAGACCUUCAACAUACCGCAGGACGUUUUGAAUGGCCGCUAUGGCGACUUUGAUGGCCGUUCGCAAACGCUGCGCUGCCCUGGUCCUCGCUAUAGUUAUCCGGACUCGGCCGACUCUAACCUCCGCAAUCGCAAUUUGAAGGGGAACCUGUACGCUGCCUUUGUGUAUGCCCAAGACUUCAACCAGUUCUCCAUGACGGCCAACAACGGCGUCGGUCUGGAGCAGAUUCACAACUGGAUUCACUACGACGCUGGCUGCGGUGAACAGUUUUGGCAAGCCGAUCUGUCCGGGUUCGACCCUCUCUUCAUGCUUCACCACACCAACGUCGACCGCCUAUGGACGUACUGGCAGUACAUCAAGCCGGACCAGGCCAUCUUCACCGAGGACUACUACGGCGAGUCGCGCUGGGGCUCCGCCGAGAACUCCACCAUCACGCCCGACAGCCCGCUGCAGCCCUUCUUCGACACGCAGACCCAGAUGCACACCACGCGGUCCGUGGCCAAAAUCGACGGCAUGGGCUACUCGUACAAGCGCCUGCAGUACUGGAACACCUCGGGCGAGGAGCUGCAGCGGGCCGCCACGGCGCUGAUCAACGAAGCGUACGGCGACGGGAGUCAGGGGACGGCCCGGCGCCAGGAUGGCUCGGGCUCGCGGAUGCAGUACUUUGCGCACUUCGAGGUCGACCGCGCCCACGUGGAGCGGCCCAGCACCGUGACGGUGUUCAUCGAAGGCGUCAAGGCGGGCGAUGUGACGGUCAUGCGGCAGCCGGCGAACGGCAUCUUGAAGGGCGGCUUCAUGAUUGACGAUCUGGUGCGCAAGGCCUUUUCCAAGACGGACGGCACGAACGAGACUGUCAGCUCCAUUUCGAAUCUCGUCACUCUCGAGGUGACCAAGCCCGACGGAACUCGCAUUCCCAUCUCGUCCAUCCCCAGCCUCAAACUCAGCCUUCAAGAGAUUCCGUUCACGCCUGCGAAAUCAAUUGAAGAGCUUCCAGUUUUGGGAAAGCCGGUGACGUUCGAGAUUCCCGCCAAGGAGGCUGCGUAA